AUGCAGAAUGUCAAUGUGUUCCUCAUCAUGGCGUUGGCUUCCGUGAGCAUCGCUGCCGACACCUGGUACUGUGGAUCCAAAAACGACAGGCUUGGCGGUGCGUCUUUGGCCUUUGCAGAAGUUGUGGUGGAUACGAAUUGCAACAGUCAGAAAGGUAAGUUUGCGUGUAUGUGUGUACUAAAAGUUGUAAGGAACCGGAAAAAUGAUUCGUUAGAAAGAGGAUGUGUUGUACCGCCGUUGAUUCUGGCCUAACGUUGAUUCGUGAUGCUUUCAAAAUUGUUUUUAAGACAAGUCUUGUUGUUCGUUGUACAUAGGUUACUUGUCUAGAAUUUGCUUAGAAUUCUGCACGCACACACAGAAAAAGUUGAUUUUUUGUAGAAGCAUUACCCUCUUUAACAGAAGCGAAGUAAGAUUUUUUUGUGUACAUAUUUAUACACUUCCUAAAAAGUUGCAAAUUUGGUCGAUUUCUAGAUUAAAACCGCCAGUUGUUUUUGCAGAGCGCGAGUUAAAAAUCUCAAACAUCUUCUUGUUGAAGCAAGUCUAGAAUUGUAUCAAGUUUGAUCAAAACAUGAGCGUCGCCUUUCUAGGAACUUCUCUUACAAGUAGUCUUCCCAGGACACAGACUAUUUAAAAUUUUAAAAAAUGUUGGUUUUCAGAGAGCGUAAAUUUAUGUUGCAAGGCCCACGACAAUUGCUACAAUAGCCAAGGUGGAAAGAAGACUUGUGACGAGAAUUUCUGCUCUUGCCUGGAGGUAACUAUUACAAUUUUUAGACCUUUCAAAUUCAAAACUUUUAGCAGGCCGCCAAUUCCGAGAUCUGCAAGGACACUGGCAGCGCCAUGUGCUUGGCUGUCAAAUUGUUCGGAGAGAACGCGUACAAAAAGGCCGGACAGUAA